AUGAACCCAAGAGACCAUCGCAUAAGGCAUGACGACCGAGACCCCAACGCUCAGCCCAACGCCUAUGAGGCCCCAGACACCGCCCGCUCAGAGUUCACCCUUCUCGUAGCUGGCUGUCGAGGAGGCAAGACCUCAUUUCUCCGCCUCCUGCUCGACACCAGCGACGUCUCCCCAACGACAACAAAGGACCAGCUCGCCUCCGUCGCAAAGUUCGUCCAGGGCUGCGCAUGCCACACAACACAUAUCAGAACCGCGUCCCUCGACAUAGAAAUCGCGGAUGGUCCCAACACAAGGCGACCCCUAGGUCUCAAUCUCAUCGACACACCCUCCUUUGAUUUCCACGACGAGCAGGAAGCUGAACGCCUGAUGGCCGACGUCCUCCAUCAUAUCGACUCGCGUUUUGUUGAAGGUCUUGAAGAUGAGUGGAAGGCGCGCAGUGGCGACCGAUAUGUGCAUCUGUAUGUCUCCCCACUCUCCUUCCCCAACUCACUUGUCAACUCAGCACCGCCUCCUGUUAGAUGCAUCUACUUCCUGGACCCGGAUGAAAUCGUGCCCCCUACGGCAUUGGGUCCCCCUGCUCCGGUGGUUCCACGAGCUCGGAAUGGUUCUUUCUCCCAGCCCGAAGAACCCGUUAUCCUCGAGCCUCCGGUCAAUAACCCGUACAUGCUUCGGCCUGUCCUUCCCAAGGCUGACAUUGCGGCCAUUCGCCGUCUGUCGGGACGAGUCAACGUCCUGCCUGUCAUUGCCAGGGCGGAUGUGCUCAGCAACGAACGCCUCGCCGCUGUUAAGGUGGCUAUCCGGAGGGACCUGGCGGAAGCGGGCAUCGGGUUCGGGAUAUUCGACAUGGACGGGCAGUACCAGCAACCCCAGGAGGACAGGUCGGAGUCUUCCAAUGGCUAUGGUGGUUACCCCAACGGAACAUCAACAUCCAACGGCAAUUCUCCCCCGGUCUCCCCUGUAACGCCUGCUGCACUGCGUUUGCCUUACGCACUCAUCUCCCCUGACGCUUACUCCCACAGCGAUGGUGUACCCCGAAAGGUUCCAUCACGUCACGAACUCAUGCAGCAGUAUGCGGCUCAGUUCGCACAUGCCUCCAAACUAGCCCGGGGCAAAUUCGUUCGAACAUAUCGAUGGGGGAUUCUGGACGUACUCGACCCGACUCACAGCGACUUCCUUUCACUCCGAUCUGCUAUAUUCCAUCAUAUGGAGGCAAGCAUAUUCCUGUCUCACUCGGUCGUUAUUCAAAACCUUCUUACGUUUCCAUUUCACAAACAGACUUUACAGAAAUACACGAAGGAGUAUCUCUUCUCGAAGUUUCGACAAGAAGUUCAGCUGCAGCACCAGAAACGACCCCCUUCGCACCACUCUGUUUCACAAAUGUCCAUGCUUCCUUCAAAUUCGCGGCCCAUUUUGGCUAUUGAUACCGCACCCCAGGCGAUUCAUCGCCAACCGCCACCCCUCCAUCAUGGUGAAAUGCACCCCACUUCGUCGGCGCGCCCCAUGCAGGACAGCGCGGUGGGAAGUGGUUCUGCCAAGUCUUCGACAAAGACGAACAGGCAAAGAACGAAAAAGAUUACGGUUGCCUGCAAUUUCUGCCGAUCUCGCAAAUUGAAAUGUGAUGGGGGACGCCCUGCAUGUGGCCAGUGCACGAAGCGGAACAAUCCCUGUGACUAUAUGCCUCAGAACAAACGGCGUGGAACGGUCAGUAAGACCUCACAGCGUCCGAAAGGUGAGGAGAGUGAGAGUGACAGUGGUGAUGAGGGUCGCUCCCCUGAACCCUCUGUAUCACCUCAAGUUUCGUCACAGACUGUGUCUCGCCGCAGUUCAAAUGUGGACAAACUUCACCCCGAUGGUUAUCAUCCUCCCAACACACUCCCACCAUUGAAUGAUCGUCGGGAUGUCUACGGAAGCGGUGUCGCCGGUUCCUCGUCCGUGAGCGUUAACGGGCUCUCUGCUUCUGUUCCGCUCCCUGGGCCUCCUUCCGGACCCAGUUCGCGGGCAAAGAUCCUCCAUCCCCCCGAACCUCCGCAGCACAACUAUUACAACGAAAAGAACGAGUUACCUCACAUCGCGACUUUGCUGCCCGACGCUUCGCCUUCGACUCCUGCGCCAAUGUCGGCGCCCUCACUCUCCCUUGCUCCCAUUCGACCCGCCUCUGAGCAGCAGGCUGCGUUACGGAAGCGCGCGGCUACUGUCCCCAGUAAGACUACUCGACUCGCUGGAACCUCUGGGCCCAAAGUAGUAGCAUGCAACUUUUGUCGAGCUCGUAAAACCAAGUGCGAUGGGGCACACCCUGCAUGUGCAAGCUGCGCUCGCAGGCAACUUGCUUGCAACUAUGCCCACGACAGCACGGCGUCUGGACUGAAGAAAAGACGAGCUUCGACCUCGAAAACGACCGCCGACUCUCCCGAGUCGCUUUCUCCACCCUCCUCGCGGAUGGCGCCUACCCCGUCGAUCGGGACCGACAUGUCUCGCGAGGCCGGUGAUCAUCUCGACGAUGAACUAGAAUUGAAACGACCCAUGGACCACUCGGAAUUUGGCCGAGUGACGAAGAAAAUGAGGAUGGACGACAGUGGGGUCUCCAUCGCUCAGUAA